AUGACCCUUCUAGCGUCACUCAACUGUGCUGGUGAGCUGCACGUGAUCGUUGGUGGAAAGGCUCCUGUUGCUGCCAUCAGAGCCAAAGCCAUUUUGGCUGCUGGAGCAUCCCCCAUACUUAUUGAAGUUUCCGAUGACCUUCCCAAAACCUUAGAGGGACUCGUCGAAGAAGGCAAAGUGAAACAUGUGAAGGAGGAGUACUCAAAGACCCUUCUUCAACAGCUCGGACGCCCGGAUGUCGACAAUGUCGUGGACAGGGUCUUUGUCACCUUAUCUCACACCGAGCUGCUUCUCAAGAAACAGAUAUCUGACGACUGCAAGAGGCUACGGAUUCCUGUGAAUAUCACCGAUUCGGCCGAACUCAGCACCUUCACUUUGCUCUCCACACACACCGCUGGCGACUUCCAGUUUGGCGUGACAACGUCAGGUAAAGGAUGCAAAUUGGCAUCCAGAAUCAAAAGAGAGCUUGUUUCCUCUUUGCCACCCAACAUUGCUGCAAUUUGCGAUAGAGUCGGUGAGCUUCGAAAGCAGAUUCAGGAGGACGAUCUCGAGGAAGUUGGUGGCCACGAUGAUGAUGCCAUAACCACCAGUAAGCUUAAUUCGUUGGUUAAGGAGUUCAGCAUGACCAGACUGCAGCAGGCCACGCAGCGGUCCCGCUGGCUUUCUCAGAUUGUGGAGUACUACCCACUUUCGAAAUUAGCUGAGAUCUCAUUGGAGGACUUGAAGGAGCAGUACAGACAAGACAAGGAGGAAAGCCUCCAGAGAAAGAGACAGAAGCUCCAGAAGAAAGGAGAACUUUCUCUCGUGGGAUCCGGUCCCGGCUCCGUUUCCAUGCUUACGCUUGGGGCACUUCAGGAAAUCCACUCUGCUGACCUCAUUUUAGCCGACAAGCUAGUUCCUCAACAGGUGCUCGAUCUCAUCCCUAAAAAGAGCACCAGACUAUUUAUUGCCAGAAAGUUCCCCGGCAACGCUGAGCGUGCCCAGCAGGAGCUUUUGGAGAUCGGGCUUGAUGCCCUUCAAAAAGGUGAGAAAGUGGUGAGGUUGAAACAGGGCGAUCCGUACAUAUUUGGCCGUGGAGGUGAAGAGUUCAAUUUCUUUACCGAGCACGGCUUCCCGCCCGUGGUUCUUCCCGGCAUCACUUCUGCUUUGGCAGCACCCGUAUACCUGAAUAUUCCAGCUACUCACCGUGAGGUUGCUGAUCAGGUACUUAUAUGCACCGGAACCGGACGCCGUGGUGCUCUUCCGAACCUUCCCGAAUUCGUGGAGUCCCGUACGACCGUGUUCCUCAUGGCUCUUCACAGAAUUGUUCUGUUGAUCCCCCACUUGAUCGAGGAGAAAGGCUGGAGAGCAGAUCUUCCCGUGGCUAUCGUGGAGCGGGCCUCCUGUCCAGACCAGCGGGUUAUCCGAACGACAUUGGAGAAGGCGGCAGCAGCUACUGAGGCUUUGGGUUCGAGACCACCGGGAUUAUUUAUUGCAGGUAAUGCCUGCCAUGUUUUGACAAAGAAGGGUGACGAGGACUGGACCGUUGAGGAAGGUACACUCGAGCCCAAAUUGAGCGGAUUUUUGCAGCAGUUGAGCCAUCCAGUGGAGGGCGAGAGAAUUGCUGCUGAGCCGCUCACGCCCGACUUGAAGGUUCCAGUUGUGGCGAAGUAA